AUGGUCGUCGAGGCUGAGGCUCAUCAGAACGAGAGAGUGCAGGUGACCAAAAAGAACGAGGGGCGCGGGUCCCGUCGCAAGAUGCAGGCAGGCCUCACGACAUUUGAGGAAGGGAAAGAGGAGAGAGUCCGAGAGCAAUCACCAGCAGAGGCCAGCGCUGCGCUCGCUCAUAGGAGUCGGUUUUCGCUUCGAGGUUGGGAGUGA